AUGAUGCGGAUACCCAGAGGGAUUUCUCCUUCUUCUGGAAGAGGUGCAGUAUCUGGACUCUCGUGCCCACAAAAGAAAAUGUUCUCCGCGGUGAGGACGGAUUUUUUUAACACGGGACUCGCAAGCCCACUGAUGAAUUCGGUACCGGCUGGAUACUUAACUCAGAUCGGGAACACGACAGCUGCAGAGCAGAGACCCAACUGUUUGUACGCGACCCCCCACGGGCCGGAGCCUAAGCCAGUGCGGACCUCUUCCGGGCGGCUGCCGGCCAAAAGGAGACUAGAUCUGGAAGAGCCACUUUACCUCCCAGAAUUCCGCACACCAAAAGGGAAAGGAAACUCUGCGUGUGCAAGGGCACCAAGCCCCAAAACUCCCAAGUCUCCAGGGGAGCGCACCCGUUAUGACACUUCCCUUGGCCUGCUGACUAAAAAAUUUGUGGGCUUGCUGAGCGAGUCGGCUGAUGGGGUUCUGGAUCUCAACUGGGCCACAGAAGUUCUGGAGGUUCAGAAGAGACGCAUCUAUGACAUCACAAACGUUUUAGAGGGUGUGCAACUCAUCCGCAAGAAAUCCAAAAACAACAUCCAGUGGCUGGUCAGUGGUGUGUUUGAGAGCUCAUCCAGCAAUUCAGAAAAGACCAGCGCUCUCAAGAAAGAGCUUUCUGAGCUGGACAGGCAGGAGAAAGCUCUGGACGACCUCAUUCAGUCCAGCUCAACACGGCUACGUGAACUGACAGAGAACAAGGACAACCAAAGAUUAGGAUAUGUGACCUAUCAGGACAUUCGUACCAUAAGCAGCUUGAAAGAUCAAACUGUGAUUGCUGUGAAAGCACCAUCUGAAACCAAACUGGAAGUUCCAGAAGCAUCUGAGGGCUUGCUGCAGAUUUACUUGAAAAGCAAGAAUGGCCCAAUUGAGGUGUACUUGUGUCCUGAAGAAUGUUUGGAGGACGCUAGUCCCGUCAAGAAUGCCACACCCAGAAAAGAUUACCCACAAACCCCCAGCGCCACCACACCCUCUGUCUUCCCACCUGCCAAACCCCAGCCAGUCGAAGGUUUGCCAUCAAAGCCUCAGCCAUCGAUGACUGGCACCAGUGGCAGCAACUCCCUGCUCGAUGUGGAGGGGAUCCUGGAUCUUCCUCCCAGCCUUCUCCAGAUCACCGAAGACCAGCUGCCUGGGAUGGCAUUCACAUCCGACCCAUCUGGGCCUUUUGUUAAUUUUUCUCCUCGGCUCAGCCACGACGACUACCUCUGGGGUCUGGAGGAUGGAGAAGGCGUAUCUGACUUCUUUGACACAUACGAUCUGGGAGAUCUGCUUAAAACAUGA